AUGGCAAUCGAAGAAAAAAGCGAAGUGGUGAUUACCGAUCACGAUGUAGCAAGUUAUGACGAAUAUGAAGAUAAAUCUAUUGAAAAAAGAAUUAUCAGGAAAUUGGAUAUUUAUUUAUUACGCAACGCCAUUGUAGCAGGCUUCACGGGAAAAUACUUACAAUCCUCAGAUCUUGAAUUUAAUCUUGCCGUAGCUGCACAUCUUUUUGGUAUUGUGUUCUUCGAAAUUCCUUCAAGUCUUGUAUCAAAAAUUUUGGGAUUUCAUGUUUGGGUUCCGAUCAUAAUGGUGUGUUGGGGUGUCGCAUCUAUGUGCCAAGCUGCAGUUACCACCUCACUUCAAUUAGGAAUU